AUGUCGAAAUUUACUUUGGAAGGUUUACGUGAAGUCUAUGUAAAUCGUAAUCUUCUUUGGAUAAAACCAUUUUUUCAACAUACCCGUGAUCAACAAACAACAAAUGUUCGUCAAACUAUUAUUAUUCUCAUCCCUCUUUUUCAAUGUCAAGAACAAUUCGUACAAAUUCAACAAAUAUUCAAUAGUAUAGACAGAAAUAAUCAAUUACGAAAAGUAAUUCAAGAAUGUAAUCAUUCUGAAAAAUUAUCCUACUCUUUUCUAUGUUGGUUUGUUGAGUAUUGUUCUCGUUUUAUUCAACCAAAGACGGAAAUAGACGCUGACUUUAUUCAAAUUAUUCAACAUGAUUUUGGUCAAAAUUUAAUUAAAUCAUUUACAUCAUUGGAUCAUUGA